AUGGUUGUUGCUCAAAAAUCCAAACAAAAGUUGGCGCCAGAGAAGGAGAGAUUUCUCCAAUGUUGCGGGGACAUAUCUCUUGAACUCGUGGCUUCAUUAUCAAACACUUCCAAAGACAUCAACUUGAAUGGAUUGAUCAUUAGAUACGCUAAGAAAUAUAAAUUGAAACAACAACCAAGGCUUACCGAUAUCAUUCUGUCGAUCCCCGAUCAGCACAAGAAGUAUCUUCUUCCAAAGUUGAAGGCCAAGCCUGUCCGUACCGCAUCUGGAAUUGCAGUUGUUGCAGUCAUGUGUAAACCUCAUAGAUGUCCUCAUAUUGCCUAUACGGGGAACAUUUGUGUGUAUUGUCCUGGUGGACCGGAUUCAGAUUUCGAAUAUUCGACCCAGAGUUAUACUGGGUAUGAACCAACCAGUAUGAGAGCCAUCAGAGCUCGUUAUGACCCGUACGAACAAGCAAGAGGUAGAGUUGAACAGUUGAGACAAUUGGGUCAUUCAAUUGAUAAGGUUGAAUAUAUUAUUAUGGGUGGUACUUUUAUGAGUUUAACCAAGGAAUAUCGUGAAAGUUUUAUCACAGAAUUACAUAAUGCCUUAACUGGGUUUAAUGGGAAGGAUAUUGAUGAAGCCAUUCAAUUUUCUCAACAGUCUCAUACUAAAUGUGUAGGGAUCACCAUUGAAACAAGACCUGAUUACUGUACAGAAACUCAUUUAAGUGAUAUGUUAAAGUAUGGAUGUACCAGAUUAGAAAUUGGAGUUCAAAGUGUUUAUGAAGAUGUUGCAAGAGAUACAAAUAGAGGUCAUACGGUUAAGAGUGUUUGUGAAACAUUUGCCGUGGCUAAAGAUGCUGGUUACAAGGUUGUGUCACAUAUGAUGCCUGAUUUACCUAAUGUCGGUAUGGAAAGAGAUUUGGAACAAUUUGUAGAAUAUUUUGAAAACCCUCAAUUCCGUACUGAUGGGUUAAAAUUAUACCCAACUUUGGUUAUCAGAGGAACUGGUCUUUAUGAGUUAUGGAAGCAAGGGCUUUAUAAAUCUUAUAAUGCCAAUGCAUUGAUUGAUUUGGUGGCUAGAAUUCUUGCAUUGGUACCUCCUUGGACCCGUAUUUAUCGUGUUCAAAGAGAUAUCCCAAUGCCCUUGGUUACUUCAGGGGUAGAAAAUGGUAAUUUAAGAGAAUUGGCACUUGCCAGAAUGAAGGAUUUCGGUACUACAUGUAGAGAUGUUAGAACCAGAGAAGUUGGGAUUCAAGAAGUUCAUCAUAAGGUUGUUCCAGACCAAGUGGAAUUAAUCCGUAGAGAUUAUUAUGCCAAUGGAGGAUGGGAAACAUUUUUAUCAUAUGAAGAUCCAAAGAGAGAUAUUUUGAUUGGUCUUCUUCGUUUAAGAAAGGCAUCCAAGAAAUAUACAUACCGUAAGGAAUUCACUCAACAACCAACGUCGAUCGUUAGAGAACUCCAUGUUUAUGGGCUGGUGGUUCCAUUGCACCUGAGAGAUCCAAGAAAGUUUCAACAUCAAGGGUUUGGAACGUUAUUGAUGGAAGAAGCUGCAAGAAUUGCUCGGGAAGAACACGGGCUGGAAAAGAUUAGUGUUAUUUCCGGUGUUGGGGUUAGAAAUUACUAUGCCAAGCUUGGCUAUGAAUUGGACGGUCCAUUCAUGUCCAAAUGGUUGAACGGUGAUGAUGAUUAA